AUGAGCUCACAUCAACAACAAAAGAAGGGAAUGAAUCCUCUACUAGCCAAUAUGCUUGCAGGAGCACUUGGAGCUUGUAUCGCUGAGAGCAUCACAAUUCCAAUCGAUCAAGCAAAAGUUAGAAUGCAAUUGCAAAAGACACCCUUAGGAGAGACUCCUAAGUAUACAGGAAUGGUACAAGCAAUUACUAAGAUUGCAUCUGAAGGGGGAGUCAUUAGUCUAUUUAGAGGUCUUACUCCAGGAUUAUAAAGAUAGUUCGUUAACUGCUCAGUCAGAUUUGGUCUCUAUGAACAUGUUAGAAAUGCCAUGUGUCCAAAUCUUAAGCCAGGGGAACUACCCCCUCUUCAUAAGAAAAUAGCUGCCGCUGCUGUCACUGGCUGCUUCUCUAUCUUCUUCGCUAACCCAAUGGACGUUGUUAAGGUCAGAAUGCAAUCAAUUGCUAGAGAAAUAGGUGCUUCAGGUGGAAAGAUGCCUUCCUCAAUUACCGUUUACAAGACAAUCUACUAAAAUGAAACAUUCUGGGGAUUUUACAGAGGAAUUCAACCAAACAUUGUCAGAAACGUGUGUGUUAACGUAGGAGAGAUGGCUAGUUACGAUCAAUUCAAGCAGAUGUUGUUGAUGUAUACAAGAAUGAAGGAUAACACAAUCACUCACUUUACCGCUGGUUUCAUGGCUGGCUUUGUUGCUACUAUAGUCGCUAGUCCUGCUGACGUUGUAAAGACUAGACUUAUGAGCAGCCCAGAUUCCUAUACCGGAGUAGUUAAUGCUUUCACUCGCAUGAUGAAGGAGGAGGGGCCAGGAGCCUUCUACAAGGGUUUCAUCCCCAACUUUAUGAGACUCAGUUUGUGGUCAUGCACCUGUUUCAUUGCAAUGGAGAAGAUAAAGAUCUAGUUGAUUGGAAUACCUACCUAAUUAAAUUAUUUAAUUUUAUUAACAACUCGUAAAUUAACCAACAUGACAGAAGAAGUAAAAACAGAUCCAUUCGGAAGACCAUACCCAGAAAAAAUUGAUGGAUGGCUAGUACCUAGAACAGCAGCAGACGCAAUUGUAUUGAAGGAGGACAAAGAGAAUAAAGACUUUAAGGUUCUGCUAAUUACUAGAAAGAAGGAGACCUUCCAUGGUAAGUAUGCUUUCCCAGGUGGACAUAUUGAUUAUGGGGAGGAUCCAGUAGUUGCUUGUAUCAGAGAAUUAGAAGAAGAAUGUGGAAUUAGAGGUAGUUAGCCUGAGAUAUUCACUGUGAAAGGUAAACCUGACAGAGAUCCAAGAUAUCACAUGAUUUCAAUCUUCUAUGUUGUCAAAGUUGCAGAUGACUCUUAAUUAGUGGCAGGAGAUGAUGCUUCAACAGCAGCAUUUUAUUCAAUUAGAGAAUUGCUUUAACAGCCAGAUAAAUUUGCCUUCGAUCACUAUGAGGUUCUACAAGAACUAGUGAAAACAAGACAAGAAUUAGAACUCCUAAGAGAAUGA